UUUUUAUUUAUAAUCUAUUUUAAUAUAGUUAACUGUCUUUAAAGUAAAUUUAGCUACAUUGUAGCUAUUUGCAAAUUUUUUUUAUCGGAGGGCAAAACAGCUGUAGACUGUGUACCGGCCUGGAUUUGUUUAUUUGUUUACAAUGGACACUCAGCGAAACGAUGCUAUGCUAAUGGAGAUCCUACAGGAUCGGAAAACCAUCACCGGAUUCCUGGACUCGAUUUUCGGUUUCCUGCGGCGCAGUACUGAUUUUUACCACACAAAAAGUGAUGAAUCAGAUAAAAUAGGUUUCCCCAAGGGCAUGAGGGAUCAGAUUCUAUAUGGCGCCAUGCAGCGCUACGAUCCGGACUGCUGGCUCCAAACUAUGACCGCUGAAGAUGGAGCCACAGGAGAUGAUGGUGAAACUGCACCACCUGCCAUUGAAGAAGUGAUCUUGGCAAGUAAAGAAGCCCAAAAGGAAGUUAAAAGUACCAUACGAAUGGUACUACAACCAAAACGCAAAGAGGAGACCACUUUCUCGCCUAGUGACUAUAAAAAUGGAUCUGUUUUUGAAACCCAUUGUUGGUCACAGACCCUAAAAGAUAUGGAGAUCCAGGUUCACCUUCCCAAGGACCUUGAAGCUGCAAAGAAGCUCAAUAUUUUAAUCAAGGCCCAGCACAUCAAAGUGAGCAGCAAACUAAGUCCGGAGGUAGUAAUCGUUGAGGGAAACCUCAGCGAGAGGAUCAAACAUAACGAGGCUGUAUGGACCAUUGACCAGAACCGAUUGCUCAUUAGUUGUGAUAAAGCCAAGGAGCUCUGGUGGGAGCGUCUCUUCGAAAGCGAUCCAAAAAUCGAUGUUAAAAAGAUUAAAUGCGAACGCUAUAUAGAUGAUUUACCGGAGGAUACCCAAGCCACUAUUGAAAAGCUAAGGGUUCAGCAACUGGAAGCGGAUAAGGAGCAAAAUGAAAUUCGAACUUCGAACCCCGAGCAAGUUAUAACCAUGGAUCGUUUAAGAACUGCAUGGGAUGUAGAAGGUUCCCCCUUUAAAGGACAACCUUUUGAUCCUUCAAUUGUAAGAAUGAGUUAGAUUUUAAUAAGUGGUAAGUGGUAUGUCGACAACAGAUGUAACUUGCGGUAUUUUAAUUGCAUUGGAACGUCACGUCAGUACUUAAUAAAUAAAUUUAUUUGCUAUAAAGUGUUAAAAACCUAAAUGUUUAGCCAU